AUGGGAUUACCAACACUGAGCGUCAUCGAUUAUGUUGUCUUGGUACUAUUACUAUUAUUAUCAGCUGUCGUGGGUAUCAUCUUUGGCUGCGUCAAGUCUAAGAAGAUCUCAACUAAAGAAUACUUUUUAGCUGAUGGCGAAAUGCGUGUAUUUCCUACGGCAUUAAGUAUUAUGGUCUCCUUUCUUUCCGCCAUUACUAUAUUAGGUACUCCGAGCGAAGUAUAUAUGUCUGGAACAAUGUUUUGGUAUCAAGCUGCUGCAUGGAGUAUCGCAUCGAUGGUGACAGCUUUUAUUUUCAUGCCUAAAUUUCGUGAAAUGAACUUUACAAGUAUUUAUGAGUAUUUAGAAAAACGUUUCGAUCAAUCAGUUCGAAUAUGUGCUUCUAUUACCUUCCUAAUAUAUAUGUUUAUAUAUAUGGCUUUGGUACUCUAUGCGCCAGCAUUAGCACUUAGUCAAACUACUGGAUUGAACAAAUGGUUUGCAGUUAUCUCUAUUAGUAUUGUUUGUAUAUUUUAUUCUUCAGUGGGUGGUAUGAAAGCAAUUAUUUGGACUGAUGUUUUACAAGCAUUAGUUAUGUAUGCUGGCGUUUUCGUUGCCAUAAUUCAAGGCAAUUUGAAUUUUUUACUACUAGGUUUAAUUCUGGUUGGUGGUUUCGAACGAGCAUUCACAAUUGCUUCUCAAGGUGAACGUAUUGAAUUUGAUAAUAUAAGUUUCGAUCCAAGAACACGUCAUACAAUUUGGUCGAUUUUAAUUGGUAAUUCUUUUAAUGCAUUAUUAACUUAUGGUUUCAAUCAAAUGCAAGUACAACGAUAUAUGUGUGUUCGCUCGACUCGAGGAGCACAAGUCGCUCUUCUCAUUAAUAUAGUCGGUGUCGCCAGUCUCAUUCUUCUUUCAUGUUUAAUGGGUGUCAUUCUUUAUGCAUACUAUGCUGCAUGUGAUCCAUUCACGGCUGGUCGCAUUCAAAAUGUUGAUCAAAUCUUACCAUACUUCAUUAUGGAUACAUUAGGCAAUAAGAAAGGUAUACCAGGCUUAUUUCUUGCGUGUGCAUUCUCAGGUUCACUAUCUACCAUUUCAUCUGGACUCAAUAGUAUGGCAGCAGUUAUUAUUGAAGAUAUUUAUAAAGGACUUAUGCGACGAAAACUAAACCAAGAUCAACAAGGUUUUGUAUCAAAAUUAUGUUCAGUCGUCGUAGGUGUAAUCGUAAUGCUUCUCACCUACUUUAUAAGUUAUUUGGGUUCGGUAAUCAAUGCAGCCAUAUCUUUGUCUAGUACUCUAUGCGGACCCAUUAUGGGUGUGUUCUUUCUUGGAUUUUUCUUUCCAAGAGCAAAUCGAUUAGGUGCUUUGAUUGGAUUUUUCAGUAGUUUAGCACUACAAAUAUGGAUUUUUAUUGGUGUACAAUUGACAAAACAUCAGAGGAGUAAUAAUCGAUUACCAUUGUCAAUAGUUAAUUGUACAGAUAUCAAUGUAUUAGAAAUCAUGAACAGCAGCCGAACAACAACAGCUGCUACACAUAUCAAGUAA